AUGGCUGACCAGGAGAACAGACAGUUUACUUCGGGGGACAACAUCCAACCUCUCCAAAGUCGCGUCCACCCCCCUCCACCGACCCGUCCUCCACCUCUACCACCAUCAUCACCCUCAUCUGCAGUUUCACCUUUACCAUUUCCACCUCCAUUGUCUCCGUCACCUCCAUCCGUUGCUUCACUUACUCUAUCUUCUUCACCUCCUCGCGGUCCUCCAAAUCAUCUUGAUAUCAACUUCUCAUGGGAGAAAAAUUCUCGUGGAGAUAGCCAUUCCGAGCAAAGCUUGCCAUCCAGGAGGUCUAAUUUCGGCCUACUUGCUAGCUUCACCUCUUUUUUUGGAGGAGCACCAAAGUCCAGAGAUAAAAUUAUCCCUUCUAUUCCUUCUUAUCUUCAGUACGGACCUUCUGAGCCAAUUCACGGCAUCGAAUAUCGCCUCAUCCGAAGAUUUCACCCUAAUUCAACCAUGCCACAACAAUCAAGUUUCAUCUACAUGGAUAAAGAUGCUGUUCACAGCAUUCUUUCGACCCUCAAGCACUUAGACUCCGAUCAGAUGGAGAUUUAUCUUCAUACUCAACUUUCUCUCGUCGCAGGAGCCCCCAGGUCUUGCCAAGAGACCUCCGUCUCUGGCUUCCUCGACUGGUUCAUGGAACCAACUGUCAAUAUUGCUCUCGCGAUUGAAUUACGCGAAUAUUGGUGGUCAUUGGAGUGUACAUUGCCCAAUGGAGUAAUCAUAAUUCAUUCUCUGGCCCCAUCAAUGUACGACAAUGUCUACAUAUUCAAGUUUUCGCCAGUUACUGGUGUUUUCUGCAAACUAGUUCCUCAGGAGGUCUCGGAUAUGAGAGCCUUCCUCUUCAAUCAUCCCCACAAUCCUAAAUUUUUCCAUCGCAUCAUGAGCAACAGGCAGCUCAGUGAUCACGCAAAGAAUCGAGGUCAGCAAAGCAUCGGUAUGAGUUCUGCUGCUAAAUCUAUGACCAAUCUGGCCAAUACUGUCGGUCGACGAUUGUCAGGGUCUAGCAUCAAUAAUAUGUCGACCGAUUUGCUCAACGGUAUCAAGAAUAACAUCAUUCCCACCUUGAUGAAGUGGAACAAAGUCCAAGACACCUGUCCAACCAGUUCUUCUAGGCUCACAGCCCAUCCAAAUAUCACAAGCCCUGAUAUAUCGCAGCGAGGAGCAGAAAACAAGCCUAAUUCCUUCCCAACUAGACGUCCUGGUUUCCUCAGAUCAGCUUCUGCAACCUAUAUUCGACACCCGCUUCAAACCCUUAGACACCACGGCUCAAGUGUCUCGGUUCUCUCGACACGUACCUCUGAGGAGUUUCACACGAUCAAGACUCCCUGUAUCGUUCUCACCACUCCUGAGCAAAAUACUGCCAUUUUGAAGCUGAGCGCUUUUGUUCCUCAGGGUUUUAAGGGCAAAGAGAAGAGUUUCUGGCAGUCGUUGGGCGAAACAAUCACCCCAAAGAAACCCGAAACUCCAACUUUUGUUUUCUGGAAAGACGUCUUCGAUCAAAUCUGUUUCGACGUUAGACAUUCCCAUAAGAUCUCGAGCUACCCGGUCGAAUUGGAUACAAAUAUUCAUAAUCAAGUCACAGACAACUUGAAUCGACUUCUCGUUGGAAUCACGGACAUGUACGUCAAGGAAACCGGUGGGAUGCAGCUCGACUUCAUUCGAAUGAAAAUUCUCUCGGACGAGGAGGCUUACCAGGCCUUCAACGUCCGAAUGUACCAGAGGUCGCGUAGAGCUACCGGCCACAGUGCCUUCUCGGAUCUCUUUCCUCCUAGGAAAGAGAACGUCAGUCUCAACGCCGAAGGCCCCCACGGGGGCAUCGGCGAGCCAACCGCGGAGGAAAUCCGCAGGCAAGGGCGAGUCCUUGCCAACAAUACGAAGCCCGACCAAAAGGUCGAGCUCAACCUCAGCUCCGAAGAGCUGGAGUUUUCGUCCGUCCUGCUGUCGCAGGACACCUACCUUGUCGAGGCGGUCCUUGCGGCGUGGUUCGCGGACGCCUCAGAGUGGAUGAAGGAAAGCGGCCUCCGCUGGAGGAAUAUGCUUUUUGAUCGCCAGGCCGCUGGGGGGCCUGGCGGUCUGGUUUAA